CGGCACGCUGCUCUACCAUAUUUCUCACUGUCGGACGGCGGCGAAGAUGGCUUCCAGGGUGCUCAGGUUUUCGGCAGUUGCCGGUAAAAUCGCCCGACAAAAUGUAUCCCUGCCGCGUCGCUGUCGCAGCACGGCCGCUGCUGCUGCUUUCGAGCAGACGCUGGUGAACACGCCGCCCACGCGAGUCACCGUGCUCGACAACGGCAUGCGCGUGGCUACCGAGGACAGCGGCGCGCCCACCGCGACUGUCGGCCUCUGGGUCGACACCGGCUCCCGCUACGAGACCGAGACCAACAACGGCGUCGCGCACUUCCUCGAGCACAUGGCGUUCAAGGUAAGCACGACAUGUUGGCAGGGAGGCCAGGUUUUCUGGGAGUAG